CACCAUCACUCAAGGGAACUGCUGAUUGUCAUGGCAAAAGAACUUGUGCAGGUCACAUUCUUUGCUCUGGCAUAAGAUGAACAGCUUGGAGAAGAGCUGGCAGUCCUCCUUCAGCACUUUCUGCUUUGAAGCAUCAGCAGAAGCUGGUUCCUGUCCAAAGAAGUGUAUCCUGUUUUUCUUGAUUGGGUCAUAGAAGGUGGCUACUUCCUCAUUUUGCAGGCCCUCCAUGAACUCCUGGAACUGCUGGAAACAAGUUCUGCCACUCUCAUAAUGUGUGCUGAGAAGUGCAGCUAGGGGCUUUCCCAUCUGGUUAUAAGAUCAACUGAGUGAUACACAAAAGUGAUGUCCUCAUAAAAAACAUUAUAUUCACAUGGGUCUCUUCAGGCAUCUUUAAGCCAAAUACAAACAAACCUACUGUUUGUUUAUAGAUGGUCUUUCACUCUCCUCUUUUGUCUCCUCCCUAUUUCACGUAUAAUCCUUCCUACUCAACUUUGCAGUCAGUCCUGAAAUGGCGCUGUGUUUGGUAUUGUUCUUUCUGUUUGCAGGGACUAGUUUGGGGCUGGAGAAUACACAGGCCUUGAAUGUGUCUCAAAGAUGUGAGGAGGACACCAACACCUUUAUCUGGGAAAUUAACCAGGAGACACCCAAGGAAUAUGCUGUUUUCAUGCACAAUGCAUCUGGAAGGAUUGGUGGCAAUGUUACAGGAGGUGACGUCAACCAAACUGGUUCGCUGGACCACUGUCGAUCUGCCCAUGGUCCUACUUUCUCUGGACAGUACUGCCAGGCAUUUCUUUCACAGGGAACUAUCCAGCAUGUUGUGGGUGUUUGUGUCCCUGACUCCUGCAGUGAAGAGGACGUACAUUUUCUUGUGCUGCAUGGGAGACUUCAGUAUGGUCAGACAGCGCUUAUUUCACCAAUACUGGUCAACCAGUCCAUUCAGGAGAUGACCAUGACACGAUGUUUGCCCAACAACACCAUUGCUCCAGAUGCAUCUGGUCAUGGAUAUGUGGCCUGUCUGUUUGUGUGUUGCUUAAUGGUUGCAAAUCCUCUAGCAGCUACCAUGUUCACUGCUUUGUUAAGCUGGCAAAAGAACAAGGAUGUCAGUCCAUCUCCAGAGGCAUGCUGUAAAAACACUGCACUAAACCUUUAUGGGGGUUUGAAGUCCAAUGACUCCUGCAGCAGUGAAAUGAACAUAAGUACUUCAGAGGAGUUUAAUAAACACAAACCAGUCUGUUUUCCACGACGCUGUCUGGAGCGGUGGCUGCAGGCAUUUUCUCUACAGAAUACCUGCCGUGGUGUCUUCAGCACAACCUCAUCAAUCCCAGGAGGAGGAUACUCCUCCCUGAAUGGAAUCCGUGCUCUCUCUCUGUUAUGGAUCAUAUGUGGCCACAAUAGCACGUUCACUUAUACGAACAACAUUGAUAAUGCUGAAGAAUGGUUUGAAUAUAUAAGGAGCAGCCCUUUUCAUAUUAUCACGGCUGGACCAGGUUUUCUGGCUGUAGACACCUUCUUAGUGCUUGGGGGUAUGCUUAGUGCCAAGUCUCUGUUAGGCUCCAUCAACAGGGCAGAGGGCAAACUGAGUGUCUCUGUGGUGGGAAACUACUUCUACAGUAGGAUCAAAAGAAUUCAGCCACUACAUAUGUUCUGUGUGUGUCUACUUACUGGUGUGUACUCGCUGGUCAAAUGGGGACCCUACAGAACAUAUUUCAAAGGAGUAGACACUUGUCGGACAUAUUGGUGGGCUAACGUGCUGUUCAUCAACAAUCUCAUAGAUACUCAAAACACAUGUUUACCUUGGACAUGGUACUUAAGUCUAGACUUCCAGUUUUAUGCCACCACUCCUGUGUUACUCUAUCUUCACAAAUUGAACAGAGGUGUGUUUGCAGCUGUGGUAGGAGGUUUGUUGCUACUAACCAAUGCUGCUGGUGCCAUUUUGACAGCACUAAAUCACUUUCAAGUCUAUAUACCAGGAACAUUGCACUUGGACAAAAUAGUAUCAAAUAUGACAAUAUACUAUACUAAACCUUACACAAGAUAUGGCCCAUAUUUACUUGGGAUCCUGCUUGGAAUACACUUUGUGACAAAAAAAGAUCAGCUCAUAAAGAAAAAGUGGCAGGCAGCACUCGGUUGGUUCUGCACUAUUUUCCUCAUGGCAGUGGUGUUUGGCUUGGCCUUUGCCCUCAGGGAGACCCCAGACUACCCAUCUGUGCCACAUGCCCUCUAUCAGGGACUGCACAGAACAGUCUGGGCUUUGGCUAUCGUCUGGAUCAUUGUUGCCUGUGAGGAAGGAUAUGGAGGUUUAAUCAAGAGUGUCUUGUCACUGGGUUUCUGGAUUCCAAUUUCCAACAUUAGUUUUGCUGCCUAUUUGUUCCAUCCUAUUGUAAUAUCCCUGCAUAAUGGAGUGCAAGAAAACAAAUUUCACUUCACAGUCUUCAACUUUAUGAUCCUGUACUUUGGCCGCUUACUGCCGUCACUGUUGAUUGGCUACAUGUUGACUGUGCUGAUUGAGAAGCCCUACUUCCUAAAAUACAACCGUAAAUAGAUACAGUGGACAUGAGAAAACACAAUUGAAACUGUAUCAACACAUUGUCAUUUCUAUAUUGGUCUAUUUGUGCUUUCCCACUUAAAGGUGUCAUCGAAUGCUCGUAUCGCACAUAUAUGUUAGUUAUGGAGGUCUACUUAGAUAUAUUAACUUGUUUUCAAAAACCUCCCAGUCGCUGCAAACAAGCUGAUCUAAAUAUCUCCUCACUGACGCUCUCGUCAGCCGCGCUGUUUCAGACUAAAAUCACACCCCCAGAACGCGGACUGUGUUGUGAUUGGCCAGCCAACAAGAGCUUCACAGAGAGAGAUAAUACAGCUCCCCCUGGAUUGCACGGUGGAUGCUCUGCAUCUGAGCAGCUACAACGAGAGUAGUUCUUCUUCUGUGGUUGAAUGUACGCAACCGGAUGUGCACGGACUAGUGCCCGUACCAGGAGGAGCUACGGUGGUGAGAGGAGUGGUGACGAUUUCCUGAUGACAUCAUCAGCAAACGGAAGUGCCUUUCCACCUUGCAGAGCCCAGGAAAACAAUAAAACCCUAUUUUCUCAGCAGUGGCUGAACUCUUUGUUCUGAAACUUUAGGGUUUCAUUAACAAGACGCAGAUACACACACACAAAAGCAGCGUUAAUUGGAGCUUGCGGUCUAUGUCGCCUUUAAUUAACGUGGACAAUUAAGAGGGUUAAAGGGGAGAAAAAACAUUGUGUCAUUGACAUAGAAAUACCCUGUGCAUUGUCUUUUU